GACUCUGUCUACAUACUGAACUAUUAUAUCACGUUGUCAUGACAGCAUAAUAGCAUUGGCCAAAUGAUAUCUUAAUAUUACCGGUGAUCAAAUGCUUAUUUAGCAUUUCAUGUAUAAACGUGUAUCAUAGCCUUACAUUUCACGUACAUUUCUUUUCCAUUCCACUAUCUAGGUGAAUGGAUUUUUCCGUCAAUGCGUACCAGGUAUGUUUGUAUCGGUAUACCAUUGCUUUAUAUGUGUGUACCCAUAUAAAGACACAUAUGUGUAUUAUACCGUACACAAUUUACAUAGUCAUUCUGAAACGGUUGAGUAGUCUUCACUACCGUCAGAUACGAUCGAUAUACAACAAAGCAGUCACUUGGUCGCUAACCUGUACCUGUAACUGGUAUACAGGUAACUAAAUAAAAUAAAUUCAAAAUAUAUCUUUUCAUAUGGCAUCUAUAUACCAAGGAUAAGACAAGUUGUGUGAAUAUCGUGUGGCCUAUAUAAAUAAUCUAUAUAAUACGAGAAAGCAUAGGCAGGUAUUAAAAUAUUCCAAGGUUCAGUGCGUCACAAACGGACAAAUAUUAAUCUGAGUACAGUAUUACGGUGUUAUAUACAACACCAACGUAAAUGUUCACACGACAUCUGCUUAUUAACUCACAUAAUAUAUGAAUGGUACAAAACAUACAUUGAAAGCAUAAUCGGUUCGUUUGUGAUAAAAAAAAAACGUGUAACGACAGAUGAGAUCCGGUGCGACGGGAAAUUAAACCCCUUCCCUAUUUGUUCCUAUAGGAUAAAAAUCCAAACAGCAAUGUGUGCAAAGUUAUACCAAUUCCAUAGUUCCGUUGUUAAAAUAGAAUCUCAAGCAAAAGAGAAAACCAAUGCGAUAACACUAUAUUUUAUUGAUAUUUUCAUCGAUACACUUUUUCAUGCAUCUUCCUGAGAAAUAUUCAUCUAUUGCAUGUUAUUCAAGUUAUGAUUCAUGCAACUGUUUUAGCUGAUCAGAACUUAAUCCAUUUAGGGAUUCAGUUCACAAAAGAGCAUGACAGGUUUCUAUACUUUAUUACAAAGACCAUGCGUUAAGACGAGAAACAACCCAAGCAUCAAGUGUCACCAUCAUUCGGUUUUUAUCUUCAGGAUUUUCACAAUCGAUCUCAAAGGACAUCCACCAAAUUGAUGUAUUUGUUGACAUCCAGUGUUUUAUACUUUAGUCUGUUUAAAACAUUGAAUUCUGUCUUCAUUCAGUUAGUACCGGAACCACGGGAGAUGCGUGCGCAGCUUUAUUAUUCAUAGCGUGCUUUCUACUUCAGAAAAUUCAGUGCGAACUCUGUUUCACUGAAAAUUUCUUCGUUUUUUAUCACAUUUAUAACGAUUGUAUAGUUAUAAAAAGUGAUUAUUUUGAUUGUGUAGUGUACGAUACACAAUUUGACUUAAAAAUUGUCGGGAGCGUACCCAUAGAGGCGCAGUUAUUCCGGAGACUUUGCCCGAGGGGCUGGUCAUCCUUUGUCCACUUGGCGGGUCGUAUGGCCGCCAUCUUGGGGACUCAAAGGAUUUUGAAAGAGUUUGAUUUUGUUGGGGAAAUUCUCGGCAACAUGGAGCCCCUGCCUUCUAUUAAAGGAUCUAGAAAAUCCGAGAAACAUUCAAAGGCAAAAUCUGUGACUGGUAACUCAAAUACUGUCAAAAGUAUCCCUUCAAAACCGUGUCAGGAAAACGACCUCGACCUGUCAAAGGCCAUGGAAGUCGAAACACAGUCAAGUGAAGGCCUAGGUCACACUCCGAGGAGUGAAAGUCGGCCCGCACUGGAGACAAAUCCUGUACAGAACAAAGACUCCAAUGAUUUGUCAAAUACCAUGGCAGCAUUUAUGGAUAAUAUGCAAAGUCUCAUGGAACAACAAAUGCGUAUGUUCCAGAUGAUACCCAUGGAUAAUGGCGGUCACACCCGCGACUAUUCCGACAGUGAUGAGGAGUCAGAAAUGGACGUCUGUGAUAAAAUUGACGAAAUUUUACAGGACGAUGCUCGGUCUAUGCCAACAUCGGUAGCUGGUGAGAGCUCUGGGACUAAAGCUAGUUCGUCAAACGACGAUCUCCCACAGUAUCUUACGGAAACGGCGAAAGAAAUUACUGCCGAGGAACCGACUGGUCCGGACAUAAAAAAUGAAAAAUUGGCGGCCUUAAUCACAGACAUGAUCAGUAAACGUAUGUCUGAGGACAAAAUCAAGGCAAAGAUGGCCGAUUAUCCUCGCCCAGCUAAUAUAAAAAUGUUAGUGGCGCCCAGAUGUAACAGCACAAUAUACAGAAGCUUAAAUCAACAUAUUAAGCAGCGUGACGUCACAUUUCAACAAACGCAGAAGCGACUUGUGUCGGGGUUAACUCCCCUUGCCCGAGCUCUCGAACGUUUGACAGAAAUGAGGAAAAAAGAAAACACCUCACGUGCCGACAUCGAUGAGCUGCUUAAGCUGACUAUGGAUGGAUUUCUUCUUGUGGGAAAUGCAUCACAGAUGUUUAGUCAACGGCGUCGUGAAUUGAUCAAGCCUGAUCUUAACAAACACUUCGCAAAUCUGUGCUCCGUGAGUAACCCUGUUACAACAGAGCUGUUCUGGGACGAACUUUCACAGGCUGUCAGAGACAUAAGCGAAACGAACAAACUUUCACAUAGCGUGUCCAAAUACGCUUAUGGUAACGUCAAGGGUGCUUCCCGAUAUAACAACAAAGGGAAGGCUGGCUGGAGGCCUUACAACAACAAACCCUAUGACAGGCCGCACUACAAUCAUGGCGGACCAGGUGGUGGUAACUACCGUCAACAAAAUCAUGGCCAUGGGGGCCCACCAAACUAUCACAAGAAGUCAAAAAACUUCAAGAAGGGACAGGAGCGAAAAUAGCUUUGCCCGACAUUACUCCUGUCCUUACCGAGCAAGAAGACAUUGACUCAUCCUCAUCAGAGGGAAAAACAACCGCCCAGGAUGACACUUCUAGCAUGCAAGGUUUCCGGAGUGCAAUCCAAAAAUGGAGACUUUCUCAAGAGACUCAAUCAAUCUUGUUGUCCUCAUGGCGUGAUGGAACCUACAAACAAUACAACACUUACAUUCAGAAGUGGUAUCAGUAUUCAGACCAGAGGUCAUGUGAUCCCAUGUCACCAUCUGUGACGGACAUAUUGGAAUUUCUCACAAAUUUAUUCCAUGGAGGCAUUGGGUAUAGUGCACUGAAUACGGCGCGGUCAGCCUUAUCAACAUUUAUAUAUAUUGACAAUCUACCGUGUGGAAACCACCCCUUAGUGAAAAGGUUUUUACCAGGUGUAUUUCAACUACGACCAGCGCUACCGCGUAAUGCUGUUACAUGGGACCCUCAACAAGUACUCGUGUUCCUGGAACAUUUAGAUUGUGCUACAAUUAAAAAUCUCACCCUGAAGCUUACUGUGUUGUUGGCAUUGUUGACAGGGCAACGGGCCCAGUCAUUACAUCUGUUAGACUUGAGAAACAUAACAAUUGAUGCAGAGUCAGUAAAAAUCCGGUUUGGUGACAAAUUGAAACAUACAAGACCUGGGCACCAUCAACAGGAAAUUGUACUUAAUUCCUUUUCUACUCCAGAGUUGUGUAUUGUUAAUGUACUUACACGAUACUUGGCUCAAACUGAACAGCUCCGAGUAGGGGCCACCCAGUUGCUCAUAAGCUACCAAAAGCCUUAUAAACCGGUGACUCGUGCAACCAUAUCCAGAUGGAUUAAGACAGUGUUGUCCCAGGCUGGGAUUGAUAUGACAAUUUUUACGCCACAUAGUACGAGGUCAGCUUCUACUUCCGCUGCACUACGGACUGCAGUACCUUUGAGUACUAUCCUUAAAACAGCAGGUUGGACAAAUAAGUGUACCUUUGGGACAUACUAUAACAAACCUGUGACAGACCCUGUCUACAAGAUUUGUUUGUAAAAAUGUUGCAAAUUUGCCUUUUUAGUGAGAUUGGACUUACAUGUGUUACAUAUGAUGGAUACAGCAUUGACUUGUAUUGCUCGAAUAAAUAUGUGUGUUGAUCAUGAACCUCCUAAUAGAUCAGAUAUGAACUGAUGACUUUACAGUUAUAGUAGAAUAGUAGUUAUACUUAGAGUAGUUAUUAAGUACAUUGUACUAUCAUUUUUCUUUGGAUUGGUAUUUAUAGUGAGGAACAGAUAUUGUUAUUACUUGUGAAUGCCUGUACAAGUAGUGUGAUUUCAGUUCAUGUUCUAGUCAGGAUGAAGUCAUUUUUAUCAUGUUAUUGGUAAUUAUAAUGAUGUUUGAGAAUAAGUUUUUGUUGCAUUGUCAUGACAUUACUUGAAUUGAUACUGUUGAUUAUUUUGAAUAUAACAUUUGACGUUAUUUCGUUCUUUGUUCUUUUGUUCAUGAACGCUGUCUUUGAACAUCUCCCGUGGUUCCGGUACUAACUGAAUGAAGACAGAAUUUGAUAAUUAAAUGAGACUUACCUGGAAGUUGAAAUUUGAUUGUAAUUCUGUCUUCAUUCUGGUUAGUACAAGGGAUCACGGGCCCUCCCUUGUUUACCCCAUCCCUUGGUUGGUAAUUGUAAGGUUUAAUUUAUAUUGGUUACACAGUUAGUACUAGUGGUUGUGUACUUUUCUCUGUGUGAUCCCUGAUAGUUUAUGAUAGCGUUCAUUCAACUGCUUUGAAGAAUGAAUAAUGAAGCUGCGCACGCAUCUCCCGUGAUCCCUUGUACUAACCAGAAUGAAGACAGAAUUGCAAUCAAAUUUCAACUUCCAGGUAAAUCUCAUUUAAUUAUCAAAUUGCUUGACAUACUUUGGGAGUUCAUAUAGAUUCCCACAUGAUGUAAAAAUAAUGAUAUGUUCUUCCAAUUUACUUUUGUAUUAAUGUUUCUGUGUAACGGUUUGCACAUGAAAAGAAAACCAGGAAGAUAAAUAAACAGAAAACUACGAUACUAGUGUACAUAUGACAUACCGACUGUCUGUGCGAUAAGUGUUUGAGUAAACGUUACGAAUAACCAUGUAUAGCAUAGUGAGCAGACCCUGUAAUCACAUUCUUAGACGUCAUAACCUUAUUUUUGAACAUGACAAACGAUGCCUAGCCUCUUGAAUGGCCUCUAUAUAGCCCCGUCAUGUCUCCCAUUGAGCAUCUUUGGGAUGAACUUGAUAGACGUAUCACAAACCGUCAGAACACUCCAACUUACCUCGCCCAUUUGAUUGAAUUGAAUUGACAGAAGAACGGGAAAACAUUCCCUUGAGGCGAAUUAACGUUCUAAUGAAUCCCAUGCAUUAGAUAAUCCGUGCAGGAAUCCAUUUCAGGGUGCCCACACCAGUAAUGAAGGGUUAUUGUUCUAUGAGACGGAUAUCCCGCUUGGAGUUACUACUGACAACACAAGUGACGUCACGGUCUUCCCUUUUACAGUAUUGUAAAGGGUAGACUUGUUCCUUAAUGUUGUAAUGUUGUACAAACAUUCUAAAAUAAGUUCAUAAGUUAUUGAUGGCAUAAUUCAAUUAUGCUUUUUAUCUAGCAUAUGUGACUAUGUCAAUAUGUAUAUUCUGUGGUUGAUCCUUUUUUCUGUAUCAUGCUGUGUUUCUAUAAAUAAAAUACAAGCAACAAACCUUAAUCAGUGUCCAUUUAAUGACACUUCAUAUACAUGUUAACAGAGUUUCAACAUAAUCUUCUGGGCACUGAAUUUGAUUCACGCUUCAUCCAUAUUUCAUCAAUAAGAAAGUCAUAUUUCAACACUCAGUAUACAAAUGAAAUGAUUAUUAUAGAUAUUAGAUAUAAAUGUAAGUAUAAAAAUAUGAGUUACAAUACCAUGAUAUUUGAUAGUAAAUGUGCCCAAAUCUCAAGUAAAGGCAUACAAAGACCAUGAUAGAUACACGGAAAUAUGUUAAUCACAAAAAUCUGUCGUUUAUAGCGUAGAUUUUAAGAACAGAUUUCAAAUUCUUGCAACAUUAAUCUAAUUAAAACAUAUCACCCACUCUGACAAGAGUAUAGUUAUCGUUACAAUGUUCGCUUAGGAUUGUAUAUGACUUUACCUUACACUAGAAUUAGGUGGCGAGUUAAAAAAAACUGAAGUCUAUAUUACAAUAUAUGUAUACCGAUAGUUUAAAGGAUAAUGAUUAGAUUUCAAUAGUUUCUUCAUGCAUUUGAUUUCCGGAAAGCGUUGUGAUACUUGAAAUUAGAUUCUUUACAAAAUUAUGGCACUUUUUGUGAAAUAUUGGCAAUGUUUAUCAACUUCAAAAUAUCGCUGAACAACACUGGAAGUUGUAUCUGUCGCCAUUUGCUGUUUAUAUCGGAGAGAGCCGAGUGCGUCACAUGAUUUCAGUAUCCUCGCUUUCACGCAACGAAAAUGGAAUCGAGGUAAGUGUAAACAUUUGUCACGUGUAUGUAGAACUUGUGAUUAUUUUGCAAUCGGAUGGCUUAUGUGUACGGUCUCUAGGAACAUCAAUCGUUAUUCGUUAUUGUUGAUUGAGAGCUCAAACAGAUAAAAGUACGUAAUAACCCUCAAAAGAAACAUGUGAAAUUUUGACAUUCUCUCUAAGAUAAGUGCCCGUCUUUGUGAGGUUAAAAUCAUGUUCUCGAUUCUUCGUUUCUUCGUGCUCUCGGUUAAAACUGAUUCAGAACCCUUCCACUUAGAUCGGGUGUUCGCUAUCUUUGCUAUGGUGUUUACAAUAUUUCCCGCAUCGCGCAUGCGCAUAGGUACGCAUAGGUAUUUGUUUACACACAUCGAAAAAUAAUAAUAUGAAAUAGCUACUAGGUUGAUCAUAUAUUUUUUUUAUUAAAUUUAAACAAAUUGUUAUGGACACUUUUGAAAUAUAUAAUUAACAUAAAGUGCAUAACUUUUUACAUCAUUUUAAAUCGUAUACCCUUUUUUACAUAUUAUUUAAGUGAAAAUCUAACCAUUAUGUCCCUUUAAGAAAACAAUAUUGCAUUAUCAAUAGGUAAAUUAGAGAGUUUCAAUUAGGUUUUGCACUGUAAAAAACAUUGAAAUUAUCAUUAUUAUGAAAUACAUAUGACUCCUGAUAGCAAUAGUUAACCUCCAAAAAACCAUGAAGCAAAGUAUUAGAACCCUAGUACAAGUAUAAAGCGGUUAACUGAUGCCUUUCAACACACCAAACAUUUGAUAUUAAGAAACAAACUCUGACGCUGGCGCCUGGGUGGAAACAUAAUAGUAUAUACAUCAUAGGAUGACAUUCCCUGAUAAACCGGGUAUCACAUAGGAUUUCAUUCCCUGAUAAACCGGUUAUUACAUAGGAUUUUAUUCCCUGAUAAACCGGGUACCACAUUUGAUUUUAUUCUCUGAUUAAACGAAUAUCACAUGGGAUUUUUUUUUUUUUUUUUUUAAUUUUUAAUUUUUCAAAAUUUUUACAUGUAUAAAAUACACAUCGUUUUUUUUUUCUUUCUUUUCCCGCACACGCUUAAUAUUCUAUUGGUUUUUUCCAAAUUAUACUUUUUGAUACAAGAUAAUCAAUGAAUAUCAAUAAAAGAUAUCCAAUCAUUCUUACACUAAUUUUUAAUUACUAUUUAGAAAUCGCCAUUUCAUAUAUAUUUUUCUCUGUAUAGUUACAAUAUAUGCACAUGGUAGGCUUAUUCUUAAAAAUACUUGAAAAUAAUCAGUCAAAAUUCCAAAUCUAAAUUUUAUGAUUGUUGAGUAUGUUUUAAGCUCGUUAGAACCCAAGCACAGUGAGAGAAAAGAAA